GUCUUCAGCAGAGAGUGGAGAACAGGCUGCCAAUACUUACAGGAAGAAAGUUCAUCAUUCGGGAUUGUGACUGUGAUACAGGAUUACAGUCAUGGCACCAAAGAAGAAAAAUGUUAAAAAGAAUAAAACAGAAAACAAGGAGAUGACUGUUAUUGUGGAAGAAAGUACAAUAAUCCAUUUCAAUGGCAUGAAUGGCCUUUUGGAUGGAGGUAACGGUUUUAGCUGUAUUUCCACCGAAAUAUCCAACUCCUCCUACAGUUCCAGUCUCUUGGAAGCACUCAGCAGAAUGAGGCAAGACAAGUUUUUGUGUGAUUUAACCAUUUCUACAAAAACCAAAUCUUUUGAUGUCCACAAAUUAGUGAUGGCUUCUUCCAGUGAGUAUUUCAGGAAUAUUCUCACCAAAGACCCCUCAAUCCAAAGAGUGGACCUCAGUGACAUAUCUCCAGUUGGUCUUGUCACAGUUAUUACUUAUGCCUAUUGUGGAAAGAUAACGCUGUCAUUGUACACCAUUGGUAGCACAAUAGCAACAGCAAACCUGCUCAAAAUUCACUCUCUAAUAAAGAUGUGCUGUGACUUUUUGAUGCAAGAAAUCAAUGUUGAGAAUUGUAUGUAUAUUGUUAACAUUGCUGAAACCUAUGGACUCAAAAAUACCAAGGAAGCAGCACACAAGUUCAUUUGUGACAAUUUCCUAGAGUUUUCAGAAAGGGACCAGUUUUUGAAACUCACCUUUGAACAAAUCAUGGAAUUUAUGCUGCUUGAAACCCUGCGAUUACCCUCAGAAAUCACAGCAUUCCAGAUUGUAAUGAAAUGGCUGGAUUUUGACAAUAAUAGAGUUAAGUGUGCAGCAGAUUUACUGAACACCAUUCGGUUUUGUACAAUCUCAGCACAAGACCUGGUGAACUAUGUUCAGACCGUGCCUAGAAUGAUGCAAGACCUAGAAUGUCACAAAUUUCUGGUAGAGGCCAUGAACUAUCACUUGCUUCCCUAUCAACAGAACACCUUGCAGUCCAGAAGAACAAAGAUUCGUAGUGGCCUCCGAGUUCUGGUAAUGGUGGGUGGCCGUCUAGCCCUAUCAGAGAAGUCACUCAGCAGAGAUAUUCUAUAUAGAGAUUCUGAACAUGUUUGGAACAAACUUGCUGAAAUGCCUUAUAAGAUCUUCAAUCAAUGUGUAGCUGUGAUGGAUGGAUUCCUGUAUGUUGCUGGCGGAGAAGAUCAAAAUGAUGCCAGGAAUCAGGCGAAGCAUGCAGUGAGCAACUUCUGCAGAUAUGAUCCUCGAUUCAACAGUUGGAUUCAUCUGGGAAGCAUGAUCCAUAGACGCACCCAUUUCAGCCUAAAUGUUUUUAAUGGUUUACUUUUUGCAAUUGGGGGUAGGAAUUCAGACGGUCCUCUUGCAUCUAUUGAAUGCUAUAUACCAGCGACCAACAAAUGGCAGCUUAAGACACCUUUAGAGGUAUCCAGGUGUUGUCAUGCCAGUGCUGUCAUAGACGGCAAAAUCCUGGUAACUGGAGGGUACAUCAAUAAUGCAUAUUCCCGUUCAGUCUGUGCCUAUGAUCUGUCAGCAGACAGUUGGCAGGAUAAGGCUAAUCUAAGCACACCCAGGGGAUGGCACUGUGCCAUCUCCCUUGCAGAUCAUGUGUACACAUUGGGUGGAAGUCAGCUAGGAGCUCGGGGUGAGAGGAUUGAUGUGCUCCCUGUUGAAUGUUAUAACCCAUAUACAGGACAAUGGAGCUAUGCUGCCCCUCUUCAUGUUGGUGUCAGUACUGCUGGAGUUACAAUUCUUGAUGGUAAAGUCUAUCUACUGGGAGGUUGGAAUGAGGUAGAAAAGAAAUAUAAGAAAUGUGUCCAGUGUUUUAACCCGGAUCUUAAUGAUUGGACCAAUGAAGAUGACCUGCCAGAAGCUAUAGUUGGCUUGUCCUGCUGCGUUUUCACCAUGCCUAGUCAAAGAACCCAAGAAUCCAGGACCAGCUCCGUAUCUUCAGUUCCAGUCAGUAUCUGAUUUGCAGUUAAAUCAAAAUUGAGUAAUUUUGCGGAAAGGAGCUCCGGCUUAAAUUGAUGCUUAACUCGGCUUUCGUGACUAGAUGCAAUUGAUUUUCAUAUUUAAGU